AUGACCGGGCCGGCUUACCGGACGUCCGGCCUCGGCAGCGGUCGGCGCGAGACUGAGCGAGUGUUUGGAGCGCCCUCCCGUCCGCCCCGGCGCGUUGGUGUGCGUCAGCGCGCGUGUGAGGGUGCGCCCUACGCCCCGUCAUGGACUUUUAUUUAUUACGCGGCACGGCGCAGGGUGAAUCGGGAGAGUGCAUUUUGUCAAACAUCGGCAGCGGGCUCGCCGUGGGCCAACGGACGGGGUAUAGGCCGGCCGUCGGACGGAGGCCGCGGUUUGCUCCAAACGGCCGUGAACCGACAAGCCGCCGGCGGUCAUUGCCACGGGCGUCCGUAUAAAAAUACGUCACCGCGUCUUUUGCGUUCUAUUAUCCGUGUAAAA